GGCGGAAGUGGGGAAUACCCUGGCAACCCGGGUGUUUGGCGUGGUGUUGUUGCGCGCAGGUUCCGCUGGUGGGGGAGUCGUGGUCUCAGUGAGAGGUAGUCGCGUCUGAGAGGUGGAGGAGGACUGGCUAUAGGCUGGAAGCAUCUUGGAGCCAUUUUGCAGAGCCAGAAGCCACACAGUGCCAGACCUGGUGAAUUAGGUGGAGGAGGACACACUGUAACGUUUUGGAUGGCUGAUUUGGUUUUUUGUGAACCAACAGAGCUUUACAACAUCUUGAAUCAGGUCACAAAACUGUCCAGAUUAAUUGAACCCAACUAUCUCUGUUUAUUUGACGUUCGCUCUAAACGGGAGUAUGAUGAGAGCCACGUGAUCACCGCCCUGCGUGUGAAGAAGAAGGACAAUGAAUACCUCAUUCCGGCAUCUGUGGAUCUGGAGUGCGUGAAAUACUGUGUGGUCUAUGAUAGCAACACGAGCUCUAUGGAGAUGUUUAUACCAAAUGCCACAACUGAUGAGGAAGAGGACGAAGAGGGUGACAAGGAUAGCUCUAAUCAGCGUGGCCAAGAUCUGGUGCAGGGAGCAGCUGUGGAGUUCGGCAGAGUCCUGACCCAGUUCACGCACCACCCUGUGUCCAUCCUGAGAGGGGGCUAUGAGCGCUUCUCAGGCCUGUAUCACUUCUUCCGGACCCAGAAGAUCAUCUGGAUGCCCCAGGAACUGGAUGAAUUCCGGCCCUACCCUAUUGAAAUAAUACCAGGAAAGAUCUUCCUGGGUGAUUUCAGCCAAGCCUGCAACCCUAAAGUCCAGAAAGAUUUGAGAAUCAGCGCACAUGUCAACGUCUCCAUGGAGACUGGGCCUUUCUUCGUGGGUGACCCUGACAAGCUUCUGCACAUCAAGAUAGAAGAUUCCUCAGAAUCCAAGAUUUUGCCCUUUUUCCGCCACCUCUGUCACUUCAUCGAAAUUCACCUCCACCUGGGCUCCGUCAUUCUGGUGUUUUCCACAAGGGGCAUCAGUCGCAGCUGUGCAGCUGUGGUAGCCUUCCUCAUGCACAAGAAACAGGAGACCUUGAAGAGGUCUUGGACUCAUGUCAAGAACUGUAAAAACAACAUGCGUCCAAAUUGGGGCUUGGUGACUCAGCUGUUGGAAUGGGAGAAGACCAUCCUUGGAGACUUUGUCACAGACAUCUCAGAUCCGCUCUACUGAUCUCUGUAGCCCCAUGAUGGGUGCUGAAGAACCUCGCUUAGGGCGUCUGGUGGGUAGGGGGUGAAAGUAUGUACACAGCUUGGUCUGGAAGCAGAAGGCCUUCACUGCUACAAGCCUCAUGUUCCUCCAGCCUCGUUCUUUCUAGGCCUCUUUUUCAUGGAACAUAGCAGAUUGUCUUAGUUAGUAUUUACUUGUUGCUGGGACAAAUAACCGACACUCAAAAUGAAGAAUGGAAA